GCGCUUUACACUUGCUACAGGGUCUAGGUGGAAGAGUAACGCCAAUCUGCCUGGAAUAUAUCCCAUUAUUUCAGCCAUCAAGUCUGUUGCUAAAUUAAAUAAAAACAGGGGGAAAAUAAGCCAUUUUUAUUAUUUUUUUCCUCAAAGUGACAACUAAUUGGCUCCCAUAGAAAAACAGCAAAGAUGAGGAGUUAUCAGUUCCUAUUAUGUAUCUCUCUUCUUCUCUGUGGGAUGGUGGCUGAAAGCUUUAGCUUUGCCCUAUUGCCUAAAGAUAAAAGGGGAUGGACAUUAAACAGCGCUGGAUACUUACUUGGACCACAUGCUCAUCGGACUCUGACUGAUAAAGGAAAUAUAGCUGGGAAAAGGGAGGCAGUGGAAGACAUAUUUAAGUCUGGAAAAGAUACAUAUGGAAUCCAGCUCCAUUCUUUGGAUGACAACACAGUUACAACCAUCCUUGAAUUCUUGUCAUAUCUGCGCCUCAAAGAACUCGGAGCCCUGGAUCACUUGGCAUUGCUUAUUGCUGAAGAUACAUCACAGCCCUAGUUGCAGUCACCAUUCUCUAUACUUUCCGGCUGUGAUCUCAGUUCUUCUGCUCAGUAUUCGAUUUAUACAUAAGAAAUUACAUAUUAAAAGAAUCCAAAGAACAUGAACCUUGUACAGUGUAGGAAAUACCAACUUUUUUGUUGCCAUAACAUUUUAUACAUUUGAAUCUGAGGCAUUUCAUAAGACUCGUACGGUCAAUGUCAGUCGAGUUUUUACAAUCAUAUCCUCUGUUGUGUAUGUUCUAGAGCUGCAGUUCUACAGCUGUCGUCCUCAAUUAUCAUACCAGGAUUUAAAGAAAGAUCCCAGAUAAUUUUACGUUGCUGAUGAGUAAUACUAUUGUUUAACUUUAAUUUGCAAAUAUGUACUGUUUUUAAAUAAUCUUCAGAUGAUUUCUCAGAACAAAGCCCUGAUGGGUGUUGAAGCCAGUCUUUCUGUUGGAGAAUCACAACAUUAUCCCAUUUUACAAACACAUUCAAUCUACCUAACGGCAGUUUCCCAUAAUUCCGAACCUCAAGUUCAAUUCUAUUCGUUUUUAAUUCAGCCUUACGUCUGAGCAGGUACUUAAUGUUUAUGGUAUCUUACCUUUAACCCUUUAGUAUAUAUACAUCCUGCCGUAUCUCUAGAUAUUCCAGCAGUUUGUGUCUAUACCCAUACAACUGGAUUGCCCAGUGACCAUAGGUCCAAUAGUGAAUGCGAUGAAUGUGACACUGUUAGAUAUGAGGGUUAAUGUUGGGCAUCUUGGAAAGAUUCUCAGGAGUGUUCUGUAUUAAUAACAAGCAUCGCUACACUCAUCCCUUAAUAAACCUCUAUUUCCUGCAA